UCAGGGAGGGGGUGAGGCCUUGUGUUCCACCUCAGCCUCACCUCCAGGCCGCGGUGAGGCCUUGUGUCUCCUUCAGGCCGCUGGGCCUCAGCCUCGCACAAGGCCGCAUGUAGUUGAGCAGAGUCACCUCAGGGUGCUGGGAAAGGUCGGAGCUGGGCAGGCCCCGAGGCCUGGGGAUGAACCGGGGGUGGGAGCUGAGAGCCCGGGGCUCUGAGGAAGGGAAGGCCCCGACAGAGGGAGCUGUGGUGCCUCGUCCCGCGAUGCUGGAGGCGGGGCGACGAGCGGAAGAGCGGCCUUGAGGCAGGAGCGGCGGAGGAAGCGGAGCUGAAGGGAGACGGAGCGGCCAUGGUGUCCGGCAAACAGCUGGCUGAUUUCGGCUACAAGGCUUUCUCCGGUUCUAUGAUGCUGCUGACUGUGUACGGCGGGUACCUGUGCGGCGUCAGGGCCUAUCGACUGCUGCAGAACCGCCGCGCCCGACAGGCCUCGACCGGGCCCGAGAGCUGAGCACGGAGAGAUCAAUAAAAGCACGUAGAAACGUGUGAA